AGACCCAGCCGGUCCGGCUGUCCUCCCUGCUGCCAUGGCCGCGGAGGCUGCCGGUAGGAAUGAUGCCACGCGUGGACCUGCAAACAGCACAGAGAUGGAGGUGCGGGUAAGAUGCUUUUCAGGUAGUUUGGAUCGCGGUCUUUUCGCGGGAAGCCUCCAGGAUCGAGGUGGUCCCUCGACCGCAGGCCUUGGUGCGCCGCUGCAGAGACGGAGAUGGGAUUUCUUUUUUCAUUUUGUGUCACAUUUCAGGACAGAGCUCCAUUUUUCCCCGUAAAGCAGGGAGGGUGGAUGAGGGUUAUCUUUCAGAAGGGGGCAGAGAGCGGCGCUGCAUCGAAGCGCUGCUGCAGCGCUCACGUCCUGCGUGAAAGGGAGAAGUGAAAGCGCAGCAGCUGGUCGGCUGCAGAAGGCUCGGCUUAUAAAUAGCCCCUCGUUGACUUCUCUUUGACAAUUUUUAUUGUCAAAUGUGUCUUCCUGAAUUCGGAGAGAUUUAAAUACGGCCCUCAAGCCUGUUUUCUUCCACUUGGUAGUGACGCGAAUUGGCAACAACUUGGCAGGCAAGGUGCUCUUCAUCCCUUCCACAUCUCCUUUUUUCUCUACAUCGUGUCCAAUGCUGAAAGAGGCAAAAAUGAAGGCUGAUCUGGAGGCGCCUCUGCCGGCUGGACAGGAAGACUUUGCGAUCCGGUGUCGAGAUGUGUGCCGAUCAUACGGCAAACUGAAGGUCCUCAACAACCUGAACCUGGCUGUGCCACAGGGACAAAUUUAUGGCCUUUUGGGGCCCAGUGGAUGUGGGAAGACCACACUUCUCAAAUGCAUUGUGGGAACUCUGAAGAUCUCACGAGGUCACAUCACUGUGCUGGGGAAGCCGCCUGCGUUUCCUGGCCACGAUAUUCCGGGGAAGAAAGUCGGAUACAUGCCACAGGAAUUGGCGUUGUACAAUGAGUUCACCAUUAGCGACACUCUGACCUUCUUUGGCCGAAUUCAUGGCCUGACAUCUAAGGAAACCCAGGCACGCAUGAACUUUCUCAUUGACUUCCUGGAUCUACCUCAGAAGACCAGCCUGGUCCGAAAUCUUAGUGGGGGUCAGCGGCGAAGGGUGUCCCUCGGAGCAGCUCUGCUGCAGAAUCCAGAGCUUCUCAUCCUGGAUGAACCAACAGUGGGAGUAGACCCUGUGCUCAGAUCCAAGAUCUGGCAUCACCUGGUAGAGAUUGUGAAGACGGGAAAAGUCUCUGUUAUUAUCACCACACACUACAUAGAAGAGGCCAGGCAAGCCAAUGUGGUUGGUCUCAUGCGACACGGCCGGUUGCUGGCUGAAGGUCCCCCAGAUGCCGUCAUGAAGCAGCACUGUGCAACAACCCUGGAGCAUGCCUUCCUGCAGCUGUGUGAGACGUCAGACCAGGUCGGCUCUAAAUGUGAUUCCAGGUCUCCAGAUGGAACGUUAGAGAAAAGCCAGUCAUUUGAGAGUGGGAAAGAUGAGAGUCAGCCAAUUCUUGGAGUCAGAUCUCCACCUGCAGAAGAAAGCCUCAAAUGUUCAGUGGACUGGAAGGUGCGAGCCAGACAUGUGCUGCCAAAGUGGAGGAACAUCGCAGCCCUGAUGAUCAAAACAUUGGUGCGGAUGAAGAGAAUGCCAGGCUCUUUGUGUUUCCAGUUCCUGCUGCCCGUCAUCCAAAUCUCCCUCAUCUGUCUGUGUGUCGGAGGAGAUCCAAAAGGCAUCCAGGUUGCUAUAGUGAACAAUGAGACCUCCCCCUCUGCUUUCAGCCAAUCCUUCCUCUCCUUCCUGGACAACUCGAGUGUGCAGCAGGUAAACUUGUCCCACAAAGAAGCUUUUGAGAGAAUCUAUAAUGGGGAGUACUGGGGUGUAAUCGGCUUUGGCAAGAACUUCACCAGCUACCUGACUAAACGGAUGCUCCAGCGGCAGGUCUCUCAGGAGAUAAUCGAUGGAGGAUCAAUACACGUCUGGCUGGACCAGACGAAUCGGCAAAUUGCCCUCAUGGUGCAGAAGAAACUACAUCAGGCCUUUCAGGCCUUUGUGGAUUAUAAGUUGGGUGGUAUGGCAUAUAUGGUUGCCUUACCAAUAAAGUUUGAGGAGCCAAUCUACGGCAGCCAAAACACAGAUUUUACUACAUUUGUGACCCCUGGAGCUGUGCUCAGUAUCACCUUCUACCUGGCCGUGGGUCUGACGGCACUCUCCUUCGUGCUCGAGAGGAAAGAGGGGCUUUUGGACAGAUGCUGGGUUGCAGGCGUGAGCUCUCUGGAGACGAUGCUGGCUCACCUCUUCUCUCAGCUGUUCGUCAUCAGCGUUCAGAUCAUCCUGCUGCUUCUUAUGAUACUGCUCGUCCUCAAGAACCCUAACGAAGGCUCCUUGGUGCUCGUCGUAAUUCUGAUCGUGCUGCAGGGUGUCACAGGCAUCUCAUUCGGCCUCGUCAUCUCAUCUGCAAUCGACGACGAGCAGAGCGCCAACCAGGCCGCUCUGGGUAUCUUCUACCCCAACCUCAUCCUUAGUGGUAUCAUCUGGCCCGUGGAAUGUAUCCCGUAUCCUCUCCGCUACCUUAGCCUGGUCCUUCCUCAGACCUACGCCUCAGAAGCCCUUCGCUGUAUAAUGUACAGAGGCUGGGGUCUGUCUCGGAUGAUGGUGUGGCGAGGCUUCGCUGUUACCUUGGGCUGGAACACUUUUUUCCUCAUCCUGGCAACAGUCAUCCUGAAGCUGCGGACGUGACAGCCUCACCCCACAGAGCCUCCCUCAGAACGGGGGGGUGGAGCUGUCAGGUGAAGCCCUGAAGUCAACGACUCACUUGGGCCUCCUGCAUGUGGAUGGACUGGGGCAACAGCAAGAGGGAAAAGAGAGGGGAGGGGUUCACUGUGGUUUAAUGGUCUGAUGGGUUGAAUGCAUCAGUCUCUCUCCUCCAAAUUAUGUCUCUCUCUCACACACACUUACAAACAUAGACUCUUGGGGUCCCCUAUCCAGCUGCCUGAUCCUGCAACAGUUGCCUUUGGCCUGUUUAAAUGCAAGUGUGAAUGUAGGAUUUUGCACACAGAAAUACACAAGGUAGAAAAUAAACAUGCACAAUAUGUUAUCUAAGUAUCGUGUGUGGUCCUUUAGUUUGUUUCACUUCUUUCUGUAGCUUCUUUAAUUCGACACCGUCUGAACGGCCAUGCACCAGCUCAGGGUCACGUUUUAUUAUUUUUGUUUGGCCUUAGUCUUUAAUGCUACUAAAGAUUUUUCUGUAAUACACUUUAUUUUACAUCAAGUGGAGCAGCCCAUUUGGGGGGGGGGGAGUGAAUGUAACUGUAAGACACUGUUUUUUGUCCUUGCAGUAUGUACAGUCUAUCCUGUGUAUAUUUGCAUUAUACAGACAAAUCUGUUCAAGUUUAUAUAAAAAAGAAGAAUCUUAGCACAACAGAAGCUUUUUGUCCACAAGAAAAUGUGAAAAUGUUUUCCAAGCAGAGAACCUGAGUGGAGGAUUGUUGCAUAAUGUCGUGGGACUAGUUUUAAAGUGCUGAUUGCAUCAUGUUGCUCAGAAGGUUCUCACCCAUUCAGACUUCCCACAGAAACACCAUCUUCUCUAUCUGCUCGCUUUUAAUGUUUGUGUUCAGCUUUUUGUCCUGUCUGUUUAUGACUUGACAGGAAGUGGUUGCAUCUCACCGUGUUACCAGGUGCUGCAAAAUCGUCACGUAGAGGUGCAUUAUCGCUGUUGACUGUUCAGCCUGAAGGUUUUCUCAUUUUUUGGUGUGCCUGUGUCUCUUUUAGGAGGAGAUUGGUGAUGGGGAAAGUAUUGGUACUGUAUCUGUUUUUUAAUUAUUAUUUCUCUCUACUUUGCUGGACAGAGUGGAGGUUCUUGGACAGAUUUCCUUUCGCUGGUAUAUAGCUGUACUAAUCCAUACAACUAUUUUUUACACAGACAUUUAAUUUGCUCAGACUUUUUAUUAAUCUUUCUUUAAGAAUAAUACAGAUUAAAAGCACACAGGAGUAAUGCUGCUUUGAAUUAAACAUGUUAUGGAAAGUAGGGAGAAAAAAAGGGAAGAAAAAUCAAAUGAAAAUACAGAAAUAAGGUGUUUAUAGUCAGAAAGCUUGGUUUUCCUUCCUUUUUUAUGUAGAGGUAAACUGCAAUGAAGAAAUUUUAAUCUUGAAUGGACUUUUGGGGGUGCUUUGACAUGCUACAACAGAUACCACUCUUUGUUUUGUGGGGUAUGUUUCCAAUUAGAGGUUAGAAUAAACAAUGACGAAAACAAUUUUAAAACAAGACAUGCCUAUAUCUCACAGGUUGUUUAUUUUUCUGUCUUAAAUCUACAUCAUAGGUGCAUCAUAACCAAAAGCCAUGCACAAUAACCUGAUGUGCACCUCUCCAGCAAUGUAAUUAUAUGUCACACUGAUGCAGGCACAGGUGUAAAUGCUGGCAACCACGUCAGCCACUUGUGUACGCUACAUCAUAGUGUCUGCAUAGAUCCACUGCAGAAGAAUAACCUAAGUGUAAACCAGUGAGCUGUCUGCCUUUACCCAUAACAUCAUGUCUUCAAAGGAAUAGUUUGACUUUCUGGUGGCCUAAUAAUAGGGCAAGACUAAACAGUUGGCUUAGCUUAGUGCUAAUACAGGAAAGGGUAAAACAACCUGCCCAAUUUAAAAAAUACAAAAAUAUUUAAAGGUUAGUACAUGUUUUGGUUCAUCAAAAAAUAAUAACUAAAUAAAUGAACUAAAAUAAAAAUAAGGACAUAUUCAAUCACAAGUAUGUUUUUACUGUUCAAGGGGUUUUUAAGAAGUGACAUUGGUAUAAAUUCUUUUAUCUAUUUUCCCAAAAUAUCAAAGUGUUUCUUUAAAUGUAAAAACCUUUGAGAGACCCACAGUGCUGCAAAAGCACCAAACCAGCAUUACAUGUCGUGCCAGUAGAAGUGUUUACAUUCAUUAAUGUUUAAUAAAUCAGAUUUUACUUUUUACCCAGUUUUUGUUUCCAUUCUGUUGAUCUAAAAACACAUACUGAUGCAUAAUGUUUUUUUUACCCAUGAUGCAACAGUGCUGGUAAUGGCAGUUAUAUUAUUAAUAUGUCCAUUAACAGGAUAAAUUAUGAAUCUAAAUGACUGUAAAUCCCUCUGCUUGCUUUGUGUUGGCUUACAUUAUAGCUUAAUGAUGAAGAUGUGCAUACACCAUGCUGUGUACUGAGAUUUUCUUGCACUGUAAAUCUGCUCUUGUUGCUCUGCUGUACAUUCAUCAGUGUUCCUGUCGCACAUUUUACGGGACAUUGUGUUCUUGAUUGGUAGAAAUAGGGGAGCGUUGACUUAUUCGUCUUAUUUAAACAGCUUUCUGUGAUGUUCAGAGGACUUCUAAAUGGACUUUACUGUAUUUUGCCAAACUGUGAGGAUAUACUGUAGCUCUGUUCAUAAUCUUACCUCUGUGCCUCAGUUGACUUUCAUCACACGGUAAUGUGUCUUUAUAUAAAAUCAUGUUAAAGUGGUGGUAAAUUGUUACAGCUCAAGUAAAAUUGUUGCUGAUUCU